UACGACGGUUAGCUUUCAGCGAUAGAUCACGACCGCGCUUUUUGGUCAAGAGUUAGUGCUUGCGAGCUCAUUAACCACAAAGCAUGAGUUGAAGAGAUGCAUCAGUGGGCUGGACCAUUAAAAACCUCCAGAGAAUAAGGUGGACAUGAAGCAUGCUUAUAUUCAUAUACUCUCUUCGGAGUCUCUGAGUACCAACGUAGAUGGAGCGCCUUGUGAAGCGAAUAUGGAAGGUCAAAUUUUCAAACGACCAUCGAACUCAAAGCAUCGACGUGCAGAAUAACGCUGCAGAUACGCUUGGACUCCCGGCUGUCCCGUCAAGCCACGAUUCGAGAAAGGCCACGAGCGGCCAUAAAGCUGUUGUUGGAAGCUCCAAGCGUAUCCUGGUUCAACAGCCACGAUAAUACUUGUCCGUCUAGAUGCUCGUAAGCUUCAGGCACGCCCGCGACUGGUAGAUUCACUUCAUACACUCAUGCUCAAGCUCUUGCGAUACGAAUCAAUCGGAAGAGACCACUCACCUGGGGCAAUAUUUGGAGGUAUGGGUCCGAUCACUGCACGCGCGAUCCGACGUACGCUUCCCUGACGGCGCUGCUUUUCAGAUCUAAGAUAUAAUGUCCCGCUCGUCCAAUGUCAGCUGACGUGAACAUAUCUAAAGGAGAAAUUGUAUCAUUGCCGGUCCACGAGGGUCAUAGCUACGAAGCCCCAAAAAUUGAGCUCAUGUUUUCAUUUGUAGAUUAUUGGCUUCAAGCCUGUUUCUUGCGUCCGGCAAGAUACCUUGCAGGCACAGUAAUUAGUGAAGCAACAUGAAUCCUCCUAUCCUCAACUUGCCUGGCAUGCGCAGCAGUUGGAAUUGCAUUUGAAUUUCUCUGAACUCUCGUUAAGUCUGGUACAAGUAUUUUGUGAGGCGCAAGACGAGAAUAGAAGGUGAAGGAGAGGCGUAAGUGGGAAUUAUGGGGCCGUAUAGGUGGAAGCAGGACAAGAGCAUCCAGCUCUUGGAUGCCGUGAAGAGCUGGGAGAAUGAUAUUAAGGGUACACAUCCGAAAGGAGGGAAAUGGCAGUGGGUGGCCAAACAGCUCUUCGUUCCAGAUGAACAAUGGGAUCUGCUCGCCUUGAGCCGACGCUGUGAGAGAAGAGCUGGUCUUCUUAGAACAAAAUACGAAGUGUACUGCCUUCAGCUCACGCUCUUUCGGAGCAAAUCCAGCCCAAAGCCGCCUUCAGUGAAGAUUGAUGCUGAGCUGUUGAAGAAAAUGAGGAGCACCUUCGGUGAACUGAAACUCUCCUCAACGCCUUCUACCCUUACAGUCGCUCGUGCCUUGGCCAUGCGCUCCCGUGACGACGUAAAGGUGCCGGAGGAAGAGGUCGAGGAGUCUGAAGAUGAAGACUUUGAUCACCAAUCUUGGCAAGAGGACACCUCCUCGUCGGUGGGAAGCACUCAUUCGUACCAUGAUUCAGCUGCAGAAUUUUCUUCAAAAGACAUUUUCUCCCCUUCAGACGGUCAUUCCAAAAAUUUAGUAGCUCUGCCUGGCUCCUUCUCCAUGUGCGAAGGCAUAGCCAAUUCCCAGUCCCAGCUCAGUUCUUCAGAAGAAUUUUCAAACUCCCAGGGCACUUCUUUUUUUGAGUCCAGCACAGAUGGGGCUUCAAUGUCGACGGAGUCAUAUUUGUACAGAGCAGAUACGCUCAAGUCGCCUGCCGAGUCCAGGUCCAGGAGCAGCAACACCUCGUUCCGUUCAGGCCACGAAACCACCGCAUCUCCAGUGAAUGUGAGAAGUUUAUUAGAAGAUCUCGAGUCUUUCUCCCCAUUCGCCAUUCCCAGUCCAGGUGCUGACCAAGAGUUGGUGAAUGCGGGAGAAACUCGCCGCCGUGGAGCGGCGGAUCCGGAAGGAGGGGAAUCAAGGAACAAGUCUCCCCUAUCCUCAAAAUCUCAGUCCUGCAGGAACUGCUGCACCUCUUUAAAUCCAUGCUACAUGUGCGCAACCGGAUCCUGGAGCUCAUCCGUAAGGAAAGGUAGUGGCUCAACCAGUUCCAGCAGUGACAGCUGCCCAAGCUCUGCUUAUGAUUUAAGCACUACAUCUUCCAGUUCUGAACCUCGAGGAUCAGCUGCAGGUGGGUCCAUCCAAUCAAACUCACAGCGAACCCGAUCUUCAGACCAAAGCAGCUCGAAUAGCACUCAUUACGGGGACGAGCAUUCACAGCGUUCAUCACAACAGUUGCCGGUAGAUUUCGAGAAUUUGACUUUGAAUUCGCAAUGGACAGCAGAUGAAUCCACGGACAGUAAUCAAAGUACAUCCAAAAAAGACGAAAGAUCUACUGGCAGGACUGGCUCCCAGAGUGGCGCACGUGGCGGUCGUGGAUUCAACACAAGCCGAAGUCAUAAUGGCGAUCAUUCUGCAUCAAUACGUGGUAUCCGAAAGGAACCAUCCCGGUCUUCGCAUUCCUCUGGCGACGGUUCCGCGAGCUCGGAACAAGCGGGCCUUGACGACAAUCUGAACCUGACUGUUUACAUAAAGCUAGACAAUAUCAGAACUAACCGUGAGGCCGGUUAGGAUAAUAAGCACCACAAACAGCAAUACACGAGAGAGGUUUUGGGAAUGAGGAGAUCGAGCAUAUGACCUCGUGCAGUUGAAAUUUAGCACGUGCCUACUGUCUUCUGAGCUGAGCAGCUUGAGUGCAAAAGUAAAUCAGAUCUUAUGACUUGAGUUCUAGGAAGGUCGAUAUAGAUGCAAAGAGCAAGUACUUGCCUUUCACACCCGAGAGGCCCUGGCCGGCUGAUAUUCUAUAAUAUACUGGCAAUACAUUCUGAGCCGGAUUU